AUGCCUCCACCUCCACAACCUAUUAACCUUGUCCAAAUCUCCGGCUGGAUAAAGGUCCACUCCAUAUUUCCAGAACUUCGCGCCCACAAUCCCACCAACAUCAACUCCAAAGAUUUUGUCUUGUCCAUUGAAGACGCACUUCUUCAACGUCUCAACCCUGAGUUGCAAAUUGCUUCCCGAAUCUGGAUCAAAGGGACCAUCGUUAGAUCUGAAUCUAAAUUCAUCCACGUUCGCGUCCAAGAUCUCAGUUACAGUGCCCCUCUCAAUUAA